AUGGAAGGAGAAAGCAAAGUGAAAGAUGAGGAGUCGAAAGAAGAACAAACGAGGAUUUAUAAAAUUUUGCUUCUAACAUAUGCAAGAAGAUUGUCAAAAUAUCAGGAUCAAAUAAAAAAUAUUUAUUUUCACCAUAACAUCAUUACAGCCAUAAAGGACGAAACGGGAGAUUACUACCUAAACGAGAAUGUCACUUCGCAACAUUAUUUUAUCGACACGUUAAUUAAGUCAAAUGAGAACCAGGAAUUUUUAAAAAGCAUACAGUUAAUCGAGAGCAAGGGGGAUAAAGGCGAACAUAAAGUUAACGGCGAUCUCAGUGGGGAAGCCCCCAGCGGAAAUAGAGAAAGUAGCAAUAAUGGUAGUAAUAACAACACUGAAAAUAACAACGUUGAAAAUAACAACGCUGAAAAUAACAACGACGGGGUGAAUAAUGAAGCAAAUGAUACCAACCAAACGAACCAAAGGACCCAUUUUAAUAACUACAUUAUGGAUAUCAUAGAAAGGUUUCAUUUAUUCCUUUUGUUGAAAAUAUUAUUUGUUUUAUUUUUAUUUGAAGCAAGUUCAAAAAUGUACUUUAUCGUUUCUGGAUUGUUUAUCCUAUACAACAGAGGAUUUUUCGACCUCCUAAUUAACAACUUUAGUUUUAUGUCAAGCAACGAAUCUAUAGAACAGGUUCUAAGACGUAUGAGCGAAUCGAGAAAUAUGAAUAAUAUGCUGGUUAGCGAACAAACAGCACAAAUGAGUAACUUGAAUGAAGGAGCGCACCAAAUUAGUCAGCAAGAGGGGGGAAUUAUGGAGGACAACAACAGUCACCACCUCGCAUGCGCUUUGCAAUUUAUGCAAAACGAGGGAGAUGUAGAAGAAGAGCUAGACAAUGGAGCGAUGGGUCAGGGCGAAGAAAACAGCACCGAUAAUAAAAAGAACAAACGGGAAGAAGUAUCAUCAUCUGCGUUGUACCCUAUGAAUUCCAUUAAUGAUGAGAUAGAUCCUGUACAUGCUGCAUGGAAUGAGGGAGAUCCUGCAGAUGCAGAGGAUAACGAAUUUGUAAGUGAGCUAAUCGAUCAGAAGACACACGGAACUGAAUUAAACGUAAAAAAUAAUUCCUAUGAAGAAUUCAACUCGUCCGUAAAUUUAAAUGAAAAAGGGGAUAGCAGCUAUUUGGACGAUGUUACAGAUGAGCUUUUUCGCGAAAUGGGUGCCGCGAAUAGUGGCGACGUGGCAAAUCUCCUAUGCGAUGGUGUGAGAAGACGAAAAAAUAUUAGCAGCAGUGAUCAGAAGUGUGGCAACAAUGAUGAUCUUAAUGGCGACAGUAGCAAUGAGCGUAAUGACAGCGCAAGCAACAUGCGCAAUAACAAUAAGAUGUAUUUCCGCGACAGCUCCACGACAUUUAACAAUCUGUUAAAUAACAGUAUGAGUGAAUUUAUCAACUCCGAUUGUGACGACUCGGAGAAUAACCUAGACAGUGGACAAUCCUACUGCAGCAAUUCUUCCGCAUCGAAGAAGAAAAGAAACGCUCCUCACAGCACACCAGAGGAGGGGGAUAAUAACACCAGCAUGAAUGCGAGACGGAAGCCAACGAAAUUCGAAAAAUAUAUUUACCAGUCGGUUGUCAUGUUUUUCAUGACUCUGCUGCCUUGGUGGGUGCCAGACGUUGCUUACCUGGAGGAUUGA